CUAUUUCGGUGACAUUUUCAGCACUGUUCAUCAACAGCUGGCAGCAGCUUUCUUUGUUUUGUUUUGUUAUCAUUUUUGGAAUGUUGAGAAGCAGCAACUUAAACAGCGUAAUUAAUCAACUCGAUGCUGAUCAUGUAGCCAACAACGCCGUGCCAGGUGCCGAGCAUUCAAAUAACAACAGCAGUAGGCAAACUGUUGCUGGUGAAAAUGAAUGCAGCCUGGCUGCUUUGCAGUUAUCCCAUGGAAUACUUCAAAUUGCCGAACCUCCUUUGGCUCGUGCCCGAGGGCAGCUCAAGGAACUGAUUGGCAAGCAAAAUAAAAUCUACAUAGAUUUGUCCAAAGAGAAAUAUAAACUGGAUUGCAGUGAGGUGGCAAAACUUAAUGACAUGAUGAACGAUGUGCGGCGUUAUAAAGAGAAACUGACGCGAAUUAAAAAGGAAAUGCAGAAUAUUUACCAGCGUACGAAAGUGUUAAAGAAACGAGCGACAAAUGUGGCGACCUGCAAGCAGCGCGAUUAUCAGCGCAAGCUUGAGAAGCAACAGCACGAGGAAUCGCUUAUUGGGAACCAUUAGCUGAUUGGCUUUAGGUCUAAGCACUUCAUUAUUUCAAUCAAUAAAACAUUUUGGGAUUUUUCCUUUGGUAACGGGAACAAAGAAAUUAAGAUCUAAACUUAAUAAACAUAACAUUUUAAAGAAUUAAUUCUAUAGCAACGUU